AGGACUGGGAGACAAAUAAGGAUGAUACCCAGGGGAGCUAUCUACAACGCGAGUCUAUCUGAGUUUUAUUAAGUAUCUGAAAGAACUGGCAGCGCUUUGAUUGUUUUUGAAUCACAAAAAGAGUCAAUAUGUCCAGCACCAUGAGGCAGCUGCUUCGUCAGCCUUCAAGGACUGUGCAAGAGAUCUCAAUGAGGUCCUACGCAUUAUCCUCAUCCUUGAGGAGAUGCUUUGGAUCGACGUCACAACCACAAGCGGUAGAGCGAGGACCUGCAGCACAGCAACGCCUUGGGAGCGGGCUUGAAGAUACUGCUCCCGGUCGUAGUGAGAACCAACAGAGAAAGCAGAUAAAUAAUGGGUAUCAUUCUCCUUCUUUGUCUGCGACGAGUUCAAGUGCCGGUGGGAGCAAGCAGGGAGACGGACACGCCAUGAAAACAAAUAACGGAAAGAACAAGCCCUGGGCACAAGGUAAGCAACCGCUCUUACCAUACUCGCAGCGUCGCCAUUUUGAACGCUACAUUCGUUUGCUUAUCUCGGAGGCCAAGUCGCAGACUGGAGCUGAGCUAAGCCACUUGCAUGCCUACAGUAUGACAGAUACAGUAUGACAUCUUCACGGAUACAGUAUGAAAUCGACACUGACCUUCAUGAUUCAGUGCGUAGUAUGCAUUACCAAAGUUCGUCAAAAGCAAAGCAUCGAUUCAAUUUGACUUACACCAGAAUACAGCAAAGAAACAGAGAGGAGACUAUUCAUUUCUGUUCUAUAUAUCUAGUACUUUCUAUUUCUGUAGUAGAAAAUAUGCAUGUAUAAGUAGAUCUUCGUUUUGGACCGUGUUUCCCGACUUUUCAAUGAGGUUUAUGAUAAGAAGAGUGAAUUACAAUUUAUCCGCUUUCAUACCCAGGCUGUGGCCGAAAUCGUUUAUGAAGCACUUUGCGAAAAAACUGAUGGAGAAGUGGCAAGAGCAGCAGUAUACUAGCGUUGGUGGAGACUAUAGUUGUAUUCCAGUGGUAGAGCAGAAUGACGAGGAUGACCACCAGAGACGCAUGAUGACGUUGGAAAAAAAGUUUGAUAUGCGGUUGCAAGAAAAGAUCGUGCAAAAUGCGAUUCGCGAGGUUAUAAGGGAGUGGAAGAAGACGGCUGUUUUGCCUAAGGCGGGACGACAAGGCAGGAGCAGGACAUCAUCUUCACCCCAAGGCAGACACGACGAGUAUGGCUCAUGUAGUUAUAGCUUGUUUUUAUAUUAACAACCUGCUCAACAAGAAAAGAUUAUGGGGUUUGGAAGAACAACGAUAAUUCAAUUAUAUUCUGUCUUCAAUAAGUCGUGCAGCUGCUGCAAAACGACAGGCGCUCUCUGCAUUAUACUAUUUAUAUAUUGUUGGUCAUGGUCGUAAAUCCUUGAAAUAUCACAAAGAUCCACCAAGAUCAGAAGGAUGAAGAUCAUCAAAAUGACCAAGAUCGCCAGGCGAACAAGGUACCCACCGGCACCACUUUCAACGCGUUGGCCUUAGUUGGCGCGGGUGUCGGCGGUUUCUCCUCUCUCUCUCGUUGUGGCUCAAGCUCUCAACACAGUCAAGGACAAAGCAACGCAACCUACAGACCUAAACGCAUAUGGUUCCAAAAUCAAUGAUCAACAGGCAGAGGACCUUCAACGUAUUCAGAUAGCAGGAAUAACGAAUGUUCAUAGCUGUAAUCAGGUUCAUAGCGUUUUGUCAGUUCUGAUCAGUUCAAAGAACAUAUGGGUGAUCGUAUGAAUCAUUGAUGAUAGCAUAGGCGUUCCCAUAUGAAGCAGAUGGAGUUUCCCCAUGCAUGCAACAUGGUAUCCCAAUGAAGAAGCUGAGACUUCCUUCCCUUUCAACCCCAAUGAACAUCCACAGGGAUCAUUUCGCCCAGUGGUCAAGUGUCUCAGUUCAGUUUCUCCGGAUCUGAAUGACGCAGGGUUCGAAUCCGACUGAUGUCAGAAAUCGACACACCCGACACUGGGAGGGCUAAGGAACGGCAUCCAUGCAGAGAAGCCGCCGGGCAAGGCCUGAAUAAGAGGUAAGAAACGGAGACCCAGAGGAAGGGCCCGGCCCGUCAUGUGCUCGCCCCGGAGAAAUGACCAACCAGAGAUCAUUUGUCUCAGGCUGUUAGUGCAAUCUGUAUCAAACUCAAGCGUUUCUCAGUGAGAAACUACACGCGACUUAACAGUCUGUGUUCGAAUGUUCCAACACUGCUUUGACCCUUGAGUCUGGCUCAACAUAGAGUAGAAAUUCAUGUAGAAACAAAAUGUCCUGCGAAGAAACUCGACUUGCCUCAAAACUACCCGAAUGUAGUUGGCAUGGCGGCAGCUCCUCAUGGUAUUCCUAACGGAGUUACCACCCGGGAGGACGCAGCCAAAAUGUCGCAAGGCAGAGCCGAGACGCGGAACCGGUGGAGAGUGGAUUUUGCUCGCUGAAUUUGGACGAUGACGAGAUUGGAGACGAAAUAGCUGUGGAUAAUAGUGGGGGAGUAAAACUUAUAGGACAUAGUUUGAAAACCAGUUCCAUAGCUACAAGAGAUGGAGUUAGGCGGGUUGAUAGUUGUGCAAACAAAUAUCUCUCAAGACACAAAGAUAGGUCAUUGGUAUAACUACGAGAAUUUGUAGGAUUACUGGCAGCGCCAGGAAAAGGAUUUAGAUCACAUUAUACCUUGGCUAGGUGAAGGGAACUGCUCGCAAUUAGGAUGGGAAUUCAACCUCAAAGGCACAGGUGGUUGUCUCGUACAUACGGACACCAGCCAGGCCAUACCCACAAGAAGUCAUCCACGCCUGCAGCUUUCCACACUUACAAGCAACUUAAUCAAAGAAGAGACUGAUAGUGGUUACAUUUGUUCAACAGUAGAAGAAGGAGUCAGUAGAUGUUAUCUUACAAGACUCGAACGUCAUAGAAGGUGUGGGCACUUUCACAUAGAUGGCCUCCAGGUAAAUUGUCCUGAGUGCGAUCUACAGAAAGGCCAACGCGCACCAUAUGCAAACCAAUAGAGAUACUUCGAAUUGCGAAGGCGUAUCAGUUAGGUCAAAGAGAUGUGUACUAGUGACUUCUGUAAUGUAAUUAAGAAGGUGUGCGUCGACCGCUUAAGCUGUAGAGUGACUGUGUGGAGGAAAUGGAAGAAGUGACAAAAGGCAUUCGCCAGGACUACUCCUUAUCUCUAUAUGGCAAGGUAGUAUGGUUCCUCCUGAGGGAUGGAGAACCUGUCCUGAGCAGUGACGACAUGACCAAAUAAGUUAUGCAAUCGCUGCGAGUCUCAGACAGUCCGGCUGCUCCUUAUAAUCUGGAUUGAAUGAGGCCUGCGAACGUUUUAUGCGGACUUUGUUCAGCAGUGUUCGCACAAUGCUGACUAAGUUGAUAAACGUCUCUGGAAGUUACUACGUCGAGUACGCUGGUGACUGCUGGGAUUGUUUACCGCAUAACUACGCGGAAAUGCCUCAAAAUGAUGGAAAGAGUCCAACUCAAAUCUUGGAAUAAAGGACUGGUAGAAACUCGUCGAAGAGUUCAAUCGGCAUGCUCCGUCGAUUUGGUUGCCUAGUUCACUUUCGUGAACAACUUCAAGCCAACCCUCCUGAACCCAAGCUCUAGGCCAAAUACCACCGUGGCGUCUUCCUUUGGAUUUUGUCCGAAGUCGUCUGGUUGGUUGGUUGGUUGGAACUUUCGCUCAUGACGAUCGUUGCAAGCUUGGACAUCGAUGGGCGGAAUACUCUACCCGAGAUGUAAAGUUUGUUCAGAGAGGACUACUUAAUAAAGAAUAUUGACUGGCUUUUGCCAGAUCAGAGGGCAUCUACAUAGAGUCUGACGAACUGGGAAACCUGCCGGGUGGCGCGUCGUAGCUGGGCUCCCCCUUGCUUGGACAGUCAGAGCUAAGGCUGGAUCAUCAAUCGGGGUUCUCUGGCACGGAGCACAUUCCAGGUGGACCGACCGGAAUUUCCGAAGAGAUUACUGGAUAAAGUAGAGGAAUCCAACGCAGCUGACUCUCCUAAAGGUGUUCCACCUGAGGAGGGGAAAACUGAAGCGAAGGAUCGCGUGGCAUCUGCUCCGCUUAGUCCGUCUAGGUUGAAAGCGCCCUCUCCAGCACGUGUUGUGGCAGGCGAACGCCAUACACACGGCGAGAAGCGUGGCCGACCAAAAGGAGCUAAGGACAAGGCAGGCAGCAGGGUACGAAGAACAAAGAAACAGUUAGAAGAACUGAGGAAAGAAUAUGGCGCUGUUCGCUAGUGCAAGUUGGUGGCAUGUGUGAACUCGACGAAGAUGAGGAACUCGUCGAAUCAUAUGUGAUUCAGUCCGUUGCUCAAGCACUCAAGCCCCCCGAUGCCGAUAAGUGGCAGGAGGUUACUGAGAAGAGCACGCGAGACUGCUAGCCUUGAAACGUGGAAAGCAGCUUCUGACGAGGAGCUCGCGACCGCGUGGCAAGCUCUACCAAUUGACAUAAUUCUAACUAUCAAGAGAUGUGGAAGAUACAAGGCUUGCGCUUGUGUCGUCGGUAAUCUAGAUCGAUCAGGAGAGCUAAACACCUUUGCUCCCGUAUUUUCACAUACCGCAAAUAGGUUGCUCCUGGCUUCUGCUACGUCAGAGCAGGGCUAUGUGAUCCCGUUCGGUUUAGAUUCUGCGUUCCUCAAUGCUGAACUCGAUCGCGAUGUCUUUUGUCAUCUCCCACCCAUCUGGGCAGAGAAGCAUGGACGCGAGAUCGUGAAGCCCAAGACUGCCUUAUACGGCUUGAAGGACGCACCACGAGCAUGGUUUAAGAAAUAUCGCGACAUACUAGCCACUCUUGGCUGGGAGCCGUGUGAUUCUGCGCCAGGCUUAUGGAGAAAACCGAGAGCGAAAGCACCAGAGAAGUUCCUCAAGAUGUCACCAAGGACUUCUUAGGUGCCGUCGUGUACUACUGUCGUGAAGCUCGAACAUUUCGGCUCAACAUGGAAGAGUACAUUGAUAGAAUCGCAAAGAGAUUGGAAAUCCAAGUCGGGAAUCCGGUUCACUCGCCCUAUUUUGACGAGUCGACUUUUCUUGAGGAGGGGAUCAAGAUAGUCGAUGGGUAUCCUUAUCGUGAGGUAGUUGGUGCCUUGCUAUGGGUAGCUGUAACCGCGCGCCCGGACAUCUCUGUACCGGUGGCAGGCGUUGGUUAGACAUGACAGCAAACCUACGCCAACAAGAAUGGUUAAAGCAGCCAGAAAAGUGCUGAAGUAUCUGGUGACGAGAGAACAAGGACUGGAAUACUCACCAGAACAAGAAGAAGAAUUCGAUGGAAUCUAUUCAAGUUAUUACCUGAAGGCAGAGGUAGGCCAGAGGUGAAUAUCUUUAGUGAUGCAGGUUUCGCCAACUGCGUGAAAACUAUGGGAACGCAAGUGAAAGAUCAUGUGCUUAAUUUCAAAGGCGUUCCAAUCGCUUGAAGAAGUAACCGACAAACUGUCUGUGCCUAUCCUACGGCUGAAACAAAAUGAAUACACUGCGUGCAGUUUCUGGCACGAUUGUGCUUAGUGAGCUGCAUGACUUUACCGACUUCUAUAGGCCUCUACCAACUCAGUUGGUGCACACACAGAACGGCUUGCCUCCCUCUUUAGGCAAUGCUGUGCUCUGGAUCGACAACCAAUCCGAGAUCACAACAGCUAAAGCAGCUGACACAUGCCCGAAGAGUCGCCAUUAUGCACUUCGCUACUUGCGUGCGCGUGAUGCGGCGAGUAAGAUAGUUUUCUGUCCAACUAACUAACUAGAUGAAGGCUAAUGGCUUAACUAAGCUAGGAUGUAGCUCGUUUCAACGUAGACUACUGUUUCACCAUAUAGAUAACCCGAUAAACAAAAGCCAACUAUGACGAUUUAACUUACAAAAAAAGAGAGUAGCCAUUUCGCCUAGUGGUCAAGUGUCUCAGUUCAGCUUCUCCGGAUCUGAAUGACGCAGGGUUCGAAUCCGACUGAUGUCAGAACUCGACACACCCGUCACUGGGAGGGCUGAGGAACGGCAUCCAUGCUGCGAAGCCGCCGGGCAAGGCCUGGGUAUGAGGUAAGACACGGCGACCCAGAGGAAGGGCCCGGCCUGUCCUGUGCUCGCCUCGGAGAAAUGGCCAACUAGUUCAGUACUGGUCUAUUCUGGUUUCUAGGUAAGCUUAUCGUAAGUCGUAGACGAAUAGUUAGGAGAUAUGACUUCCGUGGAUAGUCCAGAGACUAGGGACUUCGACACGCAACGAUUGAGGAGGGGUGUUGGUCAUGGUCGUAAAUCCUUGAAAUAUCACAAAGAUCCACCAAGAUCAGAAGGAUGAAGAUCAUCAAAAUGACCAAGAUCGCCAGGCGAACAAGGUACCCACCGGCACCACUUUCAACGCGUUGGCCUUAGUUGGCGCGGGUGUCGGCGGUUUCUCCUCUCUCUCUCGUUGUGGCUCAAGCUCUCAACACAGUCAAGGACAAAGCAACACAGGAAAGAUCCCAAGAUAACCUACAGACCUAAAUGCAUAUGGUUCCAAAAUCAAUGAUCAACAGGCAGAGGACCUUCAACGUAUUCAGAUAGCAGGAAUAACGAAUGUUCAUGGCUGUAAUCAGGUUCAUAACGUUUUGUCAGUUCUGAUCAGUUCAAAGAGCAUAUGGGUGAUCGUAUGAAUCAUUGAUGAUAGCGUAGGCGUUCUCAUAUGAAGCAGAUGGAGUUUCCCCAUGCGUGCAACAUGGUAUCCCAAUGAAGAAGCUGAGACUUCCUUCCCUUUCAGCCCCAAUGAACAUCCACAGGGAUCAUUUCGCCCAGUGGUCAAGUGUCUCAGUUCAGUUUCUCCGGAUCUGAAUGACGCAGGGUUCGAAUCCGACUGAUGUCAGAAUUCGGCACACCCGUCACUGGGAGGGCUAAGGAACGGCAUCCAUGCUGCGAAGCCGCCGGGCAAGGCCUGAAUACGAGGUAAGAAACGGAGACCCAGAGGAAGGGCCCGGCCCGUCAUGUGCUCGCCCCGGAGAAAUGACCAACCAGAGAUCAUUUGUCUCAGGCUGUUAGUGCAAUCUGUAUCAAACUCAAGUGUUUCUCAAUGAGAAACUACACGCGACUUAGCAGUCUGUGUUCGAAUGUUCCAACAUAUAUAGUUGUUGGCAGAAGUACUGUAAAAUAUAAGACAUCAAUCUUCACUCGCGACCACGUCCUUUAUCUCUAUCCUCUAACGCACUACAGAGGCUUUGUCAGUGGUCGCGCGAGCUAACAGGCCGUUGCGCGGUGGAGAUGGUAGUACCAGUGAGCAGCUCAAUGCCUCAUGGAAAGGGAAACACAAAGAUCCAGAGAAGGCAUUCGAAGUACGACUACGCGACGCAGCUUCAAGAGCAUUGAACGAAAACGAUCCAGAGAAGCAUGACGUAGAAGAAGAUGCAGAAGAAGCAGAAGAUGCAAAUAAGGACUCACACGACUUACAACAACAGUCUAAAAACGACUCACUGCAGAAGUAUCAAGCAGAAUCAGAUCAGGUCCAGAAACUGAGAAUGAAGCAAUUUGAAGUAGCGGCAAAUCGCAGAAAACGAGAAGGGAUAGAAGAAGGCUGUGAUUUGGAUGAAGAAAUACGCCAGGAUCACGGAGAUACUGCCGAUCAACAAUUGAAUCAAGCAGCUUCUACGCAAAAACACUCCAUGGCCGAAAAGAUGACCGAUCUUUGGCUACAGACAAAGCGCGAGUAUCAAGAUGUCAACUUGAGUAUCGGUCAGGCGGCUUUUGGUGCGAAGCCUUCACCUCCGAGUCGGAUUGUUAUGGGAGUCAAUAAAAGUAGCUUGCUUGAGAGGCUUUUCAACAAUUUGAUGUGUCCUUGAGGAUGCGUCCAUCGUCAACCUGUACGAUGGCCACGACAUCUUCUUCUUUACAGUCAGCUAAGUACUUACGCAAUUGAUGAUGAAAAACCCUAAAUUCUCCCUAUGUAUUUUUUUAGUAUAAGUCUAAGCAUCUUCUACUUCCACUCCUCUCUAAAGUCUAAACGAAGCGCCUUCAAUCCACAGCAUAGUGGAGGGAACUUCUACAUGUUUCCUCUACCGCAGUCUGGCCUCCACGGUGCAGAACGGAAAUCGAACAACACGAGCAAAGAGAAACUAGAUAAGCAAGAGUCUAUCGCAUCUCUGCUGACCAAGGUGGGUGAUGAUUCUAGUACGUAAAGGUAGUAGCAGGAAUUUUUGCGAAAGCUGAAACAGCAGCACCAGUAGGUUAGCGCCAAACAGUCAUUUUUUUAUGGUCGUGGGAAGUAGAUGCAUGGCUCAUGAG